AUGGAUACCGAAAAAGCUGUCCAAUAUCUCGACGGCCUUCUUGGUCGCUCAUUACGCGUGCACACGACCGACACUCGUAUGUUUGUCGGCAUCUUCAAGUGCACAGACGCGGAGAGAAAUCUCAUUCUGGCCAACUCAUUCGAGUAUCGUCGACCCACCACUACCGCCGUUGAAGCCGCCGCGAAGCAGAGCGAGUCUUGCAAUUCUUUGUCGCACGCGCCGAAAACCACCGUCAAAGUCAACAUGACGAGUCGACUCAUCGGACUUAUCGUAAUCCCCGGCCGACAUAUUACGAAGAUUGAGCUGGAGUAG